UUUGAAGGCUCAGCACAUGCGGCGGCGGCGGCGGCGGCAGGGCGAGGGGCCCACCUCCUUCCCCCCUUCCCCGCGGGUGCGCGGCACUGGGGACAGCAGCGCGGCCAGUAAGAGGUCUGCCGCCGCGCUGGGCUACACGUCGGACCGCUUCGUGCUGCGGCUGCUGCCCCAGGGCGGCCCGCGCCGCGCCCCCGCCAUCCACCGGGGCUACUAUGUCCGGGCCCGAGCGGUGGAGUCGUGCGUCCGGGCGUUCCUGCUGGGCACUCAGGACCACCCUCGCAGGCAGGUGGUCUCCCUGGGCGCCGGCCUGGACUCGCUCUACUUCUGCCUCAAGGGCGCGGGGCUCUCGGCUGACCUGGAUUUCUUCGAGGUGGACCUCCCCGAGGUGGCUUCCCGCAAAGCGGCCGUGAUCGGCGGAUCGGCGGAGUUGAGUGCCUUGGUGGGAAGCGGCGUUCCUGCGGCAUUCGGAAGCAUCAUGUUUUCCGGGGAAGAUUACAAGCUUCUGGGCGUGGAUCUCCGCGAACUGCUCCUGCUGGAGGGGGCCCUGCGUGGCGCUGGCCUGAACCCCGCAACACCCACCCUGAUUAUUGCAGAAGUGGUGCUCCCCUACAUGGAGGUUGAGAGGUCAGAUGCUCUGAUUCAGUGGGCAGCUGGGCACUUCCCGAGGGCAGGGUUCAUUCUGUACGAGCAGAUUCAUCCCAGUGACCCUUUUGGCUGCAUCAUGCAAAAUCACUUUAGCCGGCUACAAUCUCCACUCCACUCCCUAACCUCAUACCCAGACUGCAAGGCCCAACAGAUGCGCUUCCUCCAGAGGGGCUGGACAGAAUGCCGCAUCAUGGAUAUGAAUGAAUUCUAUGGCUGCUUUGUCCCUGGAGAGGAGCAGAAGAGGAUUCAAGCUCUGGAGCCCUUUGAUGAAUUUGAGGAAUGGCAUCUGAAGUGCUCCCAUUAUUUCAUCCUUGCUGCGUCAAAGGGAGAGGCCUUGUUUGCAACUCCUGUGUUUUCCAGGAUGGAAGCCUUCCUGACCCGCUGCGCUCCUUGCUUUGCUGGGACCGUGGCUGCCUGUCUCUGCGGAACGGGUGGGGCAACUGCUGGCCCAAAGCGGUACGGUCAUCGUUCAGUGCUCCUGGCCCCAGGCGUAAUUCUAACCACCGGAGGUUUUGGUGACCAUGGCGGGCGCCACGGCCGCUUGACUGAGCUGCAUAUUCUGAUCAAGCAUGAGGAUGGUUGGAAAAGCGACGAGGUCAGGCUGGCUGAGCUAGGAAUGGCCUGGGAUGGGCGGCUUUUCCACACGGUAACCCUUCUGCGCUCAGGCUGGGCUAUAGCGCUGGGUGGGCGCAAGUCCCCAGUGAACCCUGCUCUGGAAAUCCUUCGCUUAAGAGGACUGGGGGAUGCCGAUUCUUUGAGCCCCAGCAAUCCCGUUAUUGAGCUUGCUCAAUUGCCACCUGUCAAGGGCCUCUCCUUGCCCCGCUGGAGACACACUGCAGCAGAAGUCACGCAUGAAGGACAGGCUUACCUUUUCAUCUACGGAGGCUGCAGUUCUGGGCAGUCUGUGCAAGCUGACUGGUGUUUUCUGCAUGUGGAGGAGCUCUACUGCCAGCAGAUUCCAGUGGAGGGUCCCAUUCCAGCUGGCCGUCACUCACACAGUGCCUGUAGUUGGGCAGGGGGUGUGCUCAUCGCUGGCGGCCUGGAAGCAUCCGAGAAACCUCUGGGCAGCAUUCUGUUUCUGAAGCCAACCAUGAGAGGCUUCCAGUGGCAUUCUGUCGAGACCUGCCCCCCACUCACACCUAGGUAUUCACACACAGCUCACGUGCACUGUGGUAAACUCUUGCUUGUGGGUGGAGUCUGGUUCAGUGCUCCUUCAGUACCUGGUGUUGCUGUGAUAGACCUGGAGACAAGAGUCCUUAUGGAGUAUCACAUUGAUACAGCAUUCCUAGAGUGGCCUCUGAUGCUGCACAACCACAGCAGUGUCUUCAUGCCUGACCGGGAGGAGGUGAUUCUUACUGGUGGGGGCGGCAGCUGCUUCUCCUUUGGGACUCAUCUGAACUGGUCUCCUGUCUGCCUGGAUCUGAGCAGCAUCUGGAGGGCUGGGCCUUGACAUCUGACAGGUCAAGAGGACUUGACUAUGAGAGGACAAGGAUCAAAGCAGGGCUGGAUGACUCCUUACAUUCAAGAGCAUCCCCUCCUUUAGAAACAGUGGCAGCCCCUCCAAGAAGAGCUGCGUUCCUGCAUCAGGAAGACAGUCCGUAGGUGGCACCUGGCUGGGGCAAGGAGUCCAGGCAGCCAAGCAGGGAGGGGUCACGCACACUAAAACUCUUCAUUAGACAUGGAGCCCUGUCUCCUUUCCUACCUCCUAGACGGACAGCCACUGUCAGUAAGAGGGUCUCCUUUGUAAUUCCAGUGGACUUCCAGGGGGAACUUUACAAUUUCCUUUGUAAACCCUUGGAUCUCCGUCUCCUGUGCCCAACUUCUUGUGCAGCACUUCCUUUCUACUGAUUUCAGCUAGCUCUGGGUUAUAUUUUGGUGACUCAACAGAUAGUUUCUCUUGCCAUCUGCCAUUUCCCUACCAGCUCCCAAGGAAAAGCAAAUGAUAGGUGAGGAUCCAAUUAUAUCUUUGCUCUUGGAGGAUUUAGGCCUUGGGCAGUCCUAGCUACUCCCUUGCAUACCUCCACGAAAGCCAGUGGGGUGAGGUGAGGUGGUUACGGUGCUGGCCUAGAAACUAAGAGACUGUGAUUCUAGGCUUCCCAUAGGCGUGAAAGCCGGCUGAGUGACUUUGGGCCAGUCACUCACUCUCUUAGCCCAACCUACCUCACAGGGUUGUUGUGGGGAAAAGAGAAAGCAGGGGAAGGGUUAGUUUUUUUAAUCCCACCUUUAUUAUUUUUAUAAAUAACUCAAGGUGGCGAACAUACCUAAUACUCCUUCCUCCUCCUAUUUUCCCCACAACAUCCACCCUGUGAGGUGGGUUGGGCUGAGAGAGAGUGACUGGCCCAAAGUCACCCAGCUGGCCUUCAUGCCUAAGGCGGAACUCAAACUCACCGUCUCCUGGGUUUCUAGCCCAGAGCCUUAACUGGCUCUCUCUCUCUGCCAUCUUGAGUUGGCCAAAAUAUAAUUUUAAAAGGCGAGAUAAAAACAACAACAGAUGACUAGAGGACAUGGAGAAAAGGUUUUGCCGCCCGCUGCAGAAAGGUAACAUUAGCCUUCCUAGGCGGGGACCCGGGCGUCUUCUGUUUGAUUCCCGGCAGGUGAUGGUGGGGUGGCUCUUGAGUUCUUUUGGCGGGACAGACUAAGGACUGUGUCUGGCUUUGUCCAGGUGAGGAACACUUUUCUCUCUAUACUUGGAGAUGCCGAAAACAAAAUAGAUACCUUUAUUUUCCUCCACCUGAAAUCUCAAUAAAGUCAGGAGGUGCCUCUUAAAAUACUAAUAUUGCAAUAAAAACAGUUUUCAGAUGAAAGUC